AUGAUACUUCGAUAUUUCCUAAGUCGCCGAACUAGGCAUCGAAUCCUGAUUAAUAAUUUAACCUCACGUCCUGCAAGCAGCGCACCAAACACGCCGCAGAGCCUUCAGGCGGGCAAGGGCAGGUGGAUUCGCUGCGGGCACGUUUCGCCGGUUAUAGAACGCCAAGACCUCCUGUCCGCCAAUUUACGUGGAGCCUUCGGGUGCCCUGAAAUUUCAGUUUCUCAACAAAGGUACUCUACUGGAGUCUGGACAAGCUCCCAUUCCCCCUUGACUGUAUGUACUGCCUCUUCGGCACGGAGGAACCCAACAGCGUCAUCACCCUGGGCCUCUUGGUUUUCAAAUCUUCCCCUCUUCAUUCCCGCCACGUUCGAUUCCCCUCCGUCGUCUCGCCUCUCCUCCCCAUCACCUCAACCAACGAUGUUCGCUCAACUCUUCGCUGCUGCUUUCGUGGCUGUUGCUGCUCAAUCUGUGGUGGCCGCUGAUGCCUGCUCAAGGAGCUACACCAUCAAGGCUGGUGACUACUGCGACAAGAUCUCGCAAGCCAACAACGUCUCAACGUUCCAGCUCGCUGCAGUCAACAGCGGUUCAAUCAACUCCGAGUGCACCAACCUUCAAAUUGGUGCUGAACUUUGCCUAGGUCAUUCAGGAGAAGAUUGCGCAGAGACCUACAUUGUGAAGGCCGACGAUACUUGCUCUGGUAUCACCAGCGGUGCCGGUGUGAACUCCACCAUCCUCUACCUGAACAACCCUCAGAUUGAUGAGGGAUGCACCAACAUCUACAUUGGAGAGGUUCUCUGCAUCUCCAAGACCGUUCAAGUCCCGCCCAUCCCCUCCACUGGCGUUGUCGUGCCCGUCUCCGGCCCUCCCGCCCAGGCUCCUACUGGGGACAAGCCCGCCGCCGACCCACCCAAGGCCAUCACCGUCACUCCCACCGUGAGCAGCACACCCGCCCCUGCGGCCGCCGCGCCGACCCCUGCAACUGACGACAAUGACGACGACUGCGACGACGAUGCCGCUGAUGGCGACAAUGCCAACGACGGCGAUGACGAUGAUGACGCCGACCUUCCCUACUGCGACGAGAUCUAA